AUGGAAAGUUGCUAUCGAAGUCAUGAAUUGCCCACACCAGUAUGGCAUGCUCUUUGGAGGAAAUAUAGAGUCAUAAGUGGGAAUUUGGGAUGGGUAAGAUGUAUUGCUUUUGACCCUAGCAAUUCCUGGUUUUCUACUGGAUCUGCAGACCGUACUAUCAAGAUAUGGGAUGUAGCAACAGGAAGCCUAAAACUCACAUUAACAGGACGUAUAGGCCAGGUACGUGGACUUGCUGUCAGCACACAACAAACAUACAUGUUUUCUGCUGCUGAUGACAAGCAAGUUAAAUGUUGGGACCUCGAACAGAACAAAGUCAUCCGAUCAUACCACGGCCAUCUAAGUGGUGUUUACUGUUUAGCUCUUCACCCGACUAUCAACAUCUUACUUACCGGAGGUCGUGACUCUGUCUGCCGGGUUUGGGAUAUCCGCACUUCUAAGCAGAUCUAUGCUCUCUCUGGACAUGGGGAUACGGUUUGUUCACUUCUUACACGAGCAACCGAUCCACAAGUUAUAACUGGAUCUCACGAUACAACAAUCAAGUUUUGGGAUCUCCGGAAUUGCUGGAAGACUAUGGGAACACUCACGCACCACAAGAAAUCCGUGAGGGCAAUGGCGAUGCAUCCAGCAGAUCCUCGUACUUUUGCGUCGGCAGGUGCAGACAACAACGUAAAGAAAUUUAGACUUCCUGAUGGACAGUUUUACCACAAUAUGCGUUCUCAGCAGAAGGCAACUAUAAAUGCAGUGGCUGUCAAUGAGGAAGGAGUGAUGGCUACCGGAGGUGACGAUGGAAGCCUGUGGUUCUGGGACUGGAAGAGUGGACACAACUACCAGAGAACUCGCACGACUGUGCAGCCUGGUUCGUUGGAUUGUGAAGCUGGAAUAUACGCCCUCUCUUAUGACAUAACUGGAUCAAGACUAGUUUCUUGCGAAGCUGACAAGACUAUCAAGAUGUGGAAAAAGGACGAAGCUGCAAGUCCAGAAACUCAUCCACUGAUCAAUUAUAAACCAUGCACGCGUGUAUAUUGA